CCUCACUUUUUACCAGGCUGUUGGGUGUGAACAGGGUGGUGAUCUAUAAUACAAGCUGCGGCCCAGAACUUGACCGCCUGUUGCAGAGCUACAGCCAAGAAGGCUUUGUGGAGAUGGUUCCUUGGCCCAUUGACCAGCAUCUGAAUCCAUCUUCUGGCUGGCGCUUCUCAAAGAGUGGUGGGGAUGUGCACUACUUUGGCCAGCUGACCACGCUUAAUGAAUGCAUUUACAGAUCCAUGGACCGGUCCCGCUACGUCAUGCUGAACGACAUAGAUGAGAUUAUAAUGCCAUACCAACACAAUGACCUGAUGUCUUUGAUGAACUCGCUCCAACAGCAGCAGCCAAAUACAGGGGUGUUCAAGAUUGAGAACCAUAUCUUCCCCAAGAUUCAUUUUGAGCCAAGUGGGAGGUUUCACCUUCCUCAGUGGAACGGGGUGCCAGGAAUUAAUAUUCUGGAGCACGUCUACAGGGAGGACCCCAACAAAAGUAUACACCACCCAUACAAGAUGAUAGUUCAGCCAAGGAUGGUGGAGCAGACUUCAGUGCAUGAAGUGCUCAAGGCUUUCGGACAACAGUACAAGGUUCCACUAGACGUUUGUCGGAUCAUUCAUGUCCGCGUGGCUCUGCAGGGGGGGUUAACACUGGAGCAGCUCAAUGUGGACAAACGACUGUGGGACUUCAGCAAUCAACUGAUUCCCAAUGUGGACAGAGAACUGAAGAGGGCGGGGCUGUUAAGCUCAGAGGGGCAGAGCUGAUGGACAAACAGUCCAAAGAGACAGUCCAACUAUGGAUGUACACCCUCGCCAGUGGGGACAUUUAAUAACAUCCUGGUUAAAUCUGGGCAUGGGAUCUGUAUGGUGGCACGUAGGUUUCAGGCCUAAUACAAAAGCCACAACACGAAUACAAAUGCCACAACACAGUUACAAAAGCAGCCACAACACCAACAAAAAAAGCCACAACACGAACAAAAAAAGCCACAACACAAAUACAAAAGGCCACAACGGAAGUUGACAACGAAAGAGACGCUUAGUAACAGUGGAUUACUCUCUGCAGAACACAGCUACACAGUAGGACAGUGGCAGUGUAGCCGUUCCACAUUCAGGAGGUUUGGGUUCGAAUUGUGGAAAGAAUGUUCUUCUUCAGUUGACUUUUUCCCGCAUAAUAGUGUCUGCCAAAUUAGUAAAUCUAGGCUUACGUGGAAGAAGAACUUCUUACCCAUUUGAUAAAUAAGUAAUACUUUGUUCUGGUCAAAUAAUAUACAGCGGGAUAUUUGUGUGAAUUAAACAGCUGUCUGUGCAGAUUAGCAUCCAAAAUAGACUCAAAAUGUGCUAAACAAAAAGCAAGGAGUCUCAGGUUACCAUGGAGAUGACUUUAUACUUAUACAAAGGGGUGCGGAGGGUGCUGCAGCACCCCCUAUUCAUAGUUUUCACGUGACGUCACAUUCCAUGAAAAACGCUCCCUUGGAGGGCAAAAAAGACGUUAUUUUCCACUGCCAGGAAGCAAGUGAUACUGCACUGAGCACUGUUACUAUGAGUUUUUUACUUUUGCAUUGCCAAAAUGCUGGAUGGUAGUUGUAAUUUCUGAUGCACAAAGAGACAAGCCUGAGCUAUGUUAGAUGAGGGAUUCCCCACAAGAUAAAUGUAAACAUUACCGCAGUCGAGCGGCGGCAGGGACCUGCCGCUUUUUAACGACAGAAAAAUGGCAGCGGGUGCUGUAACAUGGAUCGGAAGUGCCCAACACUUGCAUGUUCUUUCUACAAUUUGAACCCGGACCUCCUGAAUGUGGAACAGCUACACUGCUGCUGUCCUACUGUGUAGCUGUGUUCUGUGGAGAGUAAUCCACUGUUACUAAGCGUCUCUUUCGUUGUCAACUUCCGUUGUGGUUCACUUCCGUUGUGGCCUUUUGUAUUUGUGUUGUGGCGUUUGUAAUCGUGUUGUGGCAUUUGUAUUUCCAUUGUGGUUUUUGAAUUUGUGUUGUGGCUUUUUUGUCCGUGUUGUGGCUUUUGUAUUUGUGUUGAGGCUUUUUUGUCCGUGUUGUGGCUUUUGUAUUUGUGUUGUGGCUUUUGUGUUCGUGUUGUGGCUUUUGUGUUCGUGUUGUGGCUUUUGUAUUAGGCCUGAAACCUACGGGCCACCGUAGAUCUGAGUGGUGGUUUUGGUUGUAAUUUUUUUUCUGCUGUCUUCUACACUGAUUUUAAAUGCUGCUCAAUAUAUGAAGAAUGUUAAACUUUUGAAGAACUUUAGAUUCACUGCGUGCUAUGAGCGUGACUAACUGGUCAUAACCAAUUGCACCACCCCUCCAACUGAAUCUUUAAAAAGCUGUUGUUUUGAAUAUUGUCAAUAUUAUAUUAUGAAUGUUAAAAUAAUUUAAUAAUGAUGUUGAAAUAAUUUUGAGUCUGGACCAAAAUGGUGGACCGACUUACUGACACUGUCAUCCCCUGAGCCAUGCCGCAUGCUCGGCUUAAAAAACCCUAAUCAAUACUUGAUAUACUGGAAAACAUUGUAAAAACCUUUUACAGUAGCUUGCCGCUGACCUUUGGCAGGUCAGGGGCAAGCUAUUCUUCUUCAUUUGAAGGGCCUGAAAGUUGUUGUGCAAUUAUGUGCCACUAUGUGUAGAAUUUUUGUGUAAUUGAAGUUUCCUUAAUUAUUCUGAUAGCAUGAUGGGUUUUUGUUUUUGAAAAUUAGUGGGGUUUAUGUGUUGUUUUACCUCCAUUCAACUCAGAAGAUUCUUUUUUUGCAGCAAUUACUUUUGUUUGUGUUUUGUGUGUUCAUUUGUUUAUUUUUCUAUUUAUUAGCGAAAUCCAUUCUCUGCAUUUAACCCAUCCCUCAAGGGGGCAGUGGACAGCAAACCCAUGACAACAUGCAAACUCUACACAAAAAGGUUGGGAAGAUAGGGGUUUCAACCCAAGACCUUCUUGCUGUGAGGCCACAGUGCUAUCCUAUCUGAACUUUUAGAAAUGAGUAAAAUGAUCUGUACUGUAGAGAUCGUUACCUUUACUGAACUCUGCAGCACUUCACAGUGAAAUUAAAAAUACAAUUUCCUAUU